AUGUUUGAGCCAGAAGAAACUUUUUCGACGGGCAAUACAUCAGAUCUCUCAUUAAAUGAGAGCAAUUCACGUUGCCAUGGCGAUCCGUGUCAGAAUGGAGGCGUGUGCCAGGAGAUUUCCAACGUCUCUUUUUGUAUUUGUUCUGUUCAGUACACAGGCGCCACCUGUGGGAGUUUGAUGGACCUAUGUGUAGAUAACCCGUGUGUAAAUGGCCAGUGUGUAACCGGAAAUGGAUCAUAUUUAUGUCUGUGUGAAAGCGGUUAUACAGGAUAUCAUUGUGAGAGUGACGUCAACGAGUGUAUGACAAACGUCUGUCCGGGGUCCGAGUGCUACAACGUUCCAGGUGAUUACCGCUGCGUCUGUCCUCAAUGUCAGUUCGGACUUUGCAUUUACACAGGAAGUACACAAAGUUGUCAAUGUUUCCCAGGGUUCAUAGGUAAAAAUUGCUCGCAGGAAGUGAACGAAUGUGAUGACGCAUCUUCGUGUCGUCAUGGCACAUGUACAGACUAUGUGAACGGUGUGAAAUGUAACUGUGACGACGGGUACACAGGGAGGCGUUGUGACGUUGAAAUCAUUCACCCGUGUGACGGUGAUCCCUGUGAUUGUGGCGCAUGCGUAAUCAUUGGGAAUGACUUCCUUUGUGAAUGUCCGUUGACGCGGACAGGAAAACGAUGCGAAAACUUUGAGGAAGUAUAUAACUCGAUUCUCGACCCGGACGAUCUUACAACCCAGUUCUGUGAUGUGUCUACCUGUGAAAUCAGGCUAAGAACUAAAUGCGAGUUUAGUUUCAUAAACUAUUUCCACUCUAUCAAAAACUCUUAUUCUAAUAUUUCAAUAAAAAGCAUUAAAAUCAAUAAGGAUUCGUUGAUAAAAAUGUCAGUUGCUUGUAAUACUAAUACAGGAAUUCAAACACUUUCCCAAUGUAAAGUAGCUAUAGCAUUAAUUGAUAUACAUUCAAUUUCGGACAUCCUGUUCUUUAACCUCGCAUGUGAUGGGACCGAUUGCAGCAAUUCUGCAAUAGCAGUUGAUUCGCUAGUGCACUUAUCAAGCACACCAAGUGGAAACGUGCUGUCAUGUUUGCCAAUACUCAUCAAUAGGAUGGACACACUUUUAGUGGAUACAUCACGAUCACAGGAAAGAUAUAUCCCGACACCUGUUGUUGAUGUAUUGUACAAAAUGAACAGAGCUGAGGACAGCCUACUUCAAAAUUUUACGAAGAGUUUAAUUGUCCAAAUAAAAUUUCUCGCCUGUCUAGAUUACUCUAGACUGUGCGACAUUUCUAAUGUUGAUACGAUGGUUUGCGUACACAUAACGAGUAAGAAUGAUCUAUUAGGUACAAGUCCGAGACCUUCAGAAAGCGUAACACUAACUCCAUCUUCUACUUCAGCAAAUGCAGCAAUAUAUAGAUGUAAUAUAACAAAUUGUGUGCACGGUUACUGCCCGGAACCGGAAGUAUCGCCAUAUUGUUCUUGUGAAGUUGGAUUUACAGGUCAACAUUGUGACGUCAGUAUGUGUGAUGCACUUAACUGCAGAAAUUGCUACAUGAACACAGCCAAUGGUAUACCUUUAUGUCUUUGCGAUAGUGGUAGCCAUGGUGACGGUUGUAAUAUUUCAGGUAUAGCGUGCGACAAUUUUCCUUGUUUACACGGUAACUGCGAGUUAGAUAAAUAUCUAAUCCCUCAUUGUGAAUGUCACAUGAAAUUUACGGGAAAGUAUUGUGAAACCAAAAUAUCAUCGUGUGACAUAUUUACUUGUUUCCAUGGGAAUUGUUCCAUCGAUGAAUAUGGUUUUCCGCUAUGUAACUGUGACGUAGGUUUCACAGGGAACCAUUGUCAAUAUAUUGAGAAAUAUUGUGAUACUAUUCAUUGUAUCCAUGGCAACUGCACUACUAAGGACUUUGACGUUCCAUUCUGCAGCUGUCUGGAUGGGUAUACAGGUAGACUUUGUGAACAGUUGAUCCCAAACUGCAAUGCUAUCAACUGUAUCUACGGAGACUGUCUUCAGAACGGAAGCUGCCGAUGUCACGCGGGGUAUGAUGGGACACAUUGCGAUCAGAAUAUAACAGACCCGAAGGACGACGACAGUGGCACAGGUACCCUGUUUGACUACGUAUUUUGGAGUAUGAUAGUCAUCAUAGCGCUGUUACUGAUCUCCACCAUGACAAUGAUAGCCUGUGUCAGAGUGAAACGAAGCAGGGGCGAAUUUUUGUUUCACGAUUUGAGGAGGAACGAUAACGGAGAAGAAGUGAGACCGAGGCUUAUCAACUCACGUGACAUCCACGAGGAUCUUAGGAGAGGGUUCUACUUGUCGCCAACCAUAGACCUUGGAUCGGAGUGUCAGAUGUCGCUGUCCACGCCCUCAAUCAGAACGUUCCACCUAGAUGUACUUGAAACAGACAACGGUGUAGACAGCGACCGGACUGGGUCGUCAGAUGGCUAUCGCAGAUAUUCUGUACCAGACGACGGACAUCUUAGUAUGCACGAUUUGUCCGAGGGCCGAUCCAGUCAACAGCAUUAUGACAUCCCGCCACCGACAGCAAAUCAGUUCGGCAGAUGGGCUACAGAUAUCCACACCGUCCUGAGAUACGCAGAUUUACAAGUGGAAGAUGACAUUUUCAGCAUCCUCAACACAGACGCACUACGGUGAAGGUUCUCAGCCAAUUACGGGGGCGGCGGUGGGAAACAGCGAGGCAUAGUUGACAGCAACGUUCGGAUAAAUACAGAGCCAGAAAUGUCAGAGAAAGGAAUCUGUUCAUAUCGGACAGAUUUGCAUUAAUAGAAGAUUCCAUAAACAGCUCAGAUUUAGUGGUAAUCACGUUUCGUUAGCCAUUCAUUAAAACUAUACAAAAAUCUUUUGGAAUACGGAGUAUUAGAAACAGCGACAGCAAUAAAAUCCUACGAAAUGAUAAAAUCUUAAUGAUUUCAUAUUAUUUUAUUCACUUCGAAA